CAAGUCAGUUAGAUAGAGAGUGCUUUCUUCGGAUCUGUCACGGUGAAGGUCCUCAUAUAUAAGCCACUGGACGCUCUGAAAUGGUCAGUGAAGUUCGCCUCACUGUAAAUACCACCCAAAUCUCAAAAGCAAUCAUGUUCCGAUUUUUUCUGUUGACGGUGGUUUUGGCCACGGCGAAGGCGUCUUACUUCUCCGGAGGUCACGGACUCUCAGUUCAACCAAAGUUCCUCUCGCAGUCUGUGCAUCUCCAGGAAAUACCCACUAAGAUCAUAAGGAUCACAAAGACCGUGGCUGUCAAGGUUCCCGUGCCCUACCCAGUUAAGGUUCCUCAACACAUCCCGGUUCCGGUACCGGUCAACCAUCCAGUGGCAGUUCCGGUGCCUCAGAUCGUGAAGGUGCCCCAUCACAUUCCGAUCGAGAUAUCGAAGCCGGUACCUUACGAGCUCCAGCAACAGGUACCCCUCCUCGUCUCGAAGCCAGUACCUUUCCCGCAGCCAGUAGCAGUUCCACAUCCGAUUGCCAUAAACAAACCAGUCCUGUAUCCGGUGCCCCAUGCGGUACCUUACCCACAGCACAGUGAGUCGACCGGUUACGAGCAAGGUGGAUACAGCGGUGGGAACGACGAAGGUGCCGGCCAUGGAGAACAGAGCUACAAUUCAUACACCGUUGAGUCUCAGGGGAACGAUUAUGAUCAGGGUGGCCACAACUCAAAUUACGGAAAUGAAAAUUUCCAUGCAUCUCAGCCGGACUACUCGGCCCAGCACUGACACCCGGAAGGAUCAAAGCACGAAACUACCGCCGUGGCCAAAGUCAUUGUUAAGUUUUUGUUUGUUAAUGUCUGUUGUUGAUCCACCCUGUAGGACUUUUGUUUUGUAUGUAUUUUUGUAAUAAAAAUUCGUGCAUUUACGGCACCCAAGAAAA